UUUCACGGAUUAACAGAUGUACUUGGGGUGAAGAAACUGAUUCGUUUCUUGAUGGAAAGAAAAACCUCUUUCUGCUUUGUGCUCAUUUUUUUAUCUGUAGGAUUUUCCCUGACAGCAGACCAAAUGUUUGCAAGCAUGAAUACCAGCGCUGUUUCUUUGGCAGAUCAGAGGCAUGAUGGACAUAUGAAGACAACCCCAAAUUUUAAAUCAAAACCAACUCCACAGAGCAUCAACUAUGAUCUCAUCAAAAAAGGAAAUCUAGAGAGAGAACCUUGGAAGACCUUCAGCCCCAGCCAUCUGACUCCCAUUAACGUCUCAAUCAAUGGAACUCCUUGCAUUCUCUUCUGGGCUAAGAGAAUAACAAUUAAAUUUAAAAGUCAGCCUUUGUUGGACCUCACAGAUAAGACAUUUGGAAAAGAAGCAAGAGUGGAUGUUGGCCAUUCAAACUGCAGUGAAGAAAAUGCCAUGCUUUCCCUGAAAUUUGGUGAUAUUGACAAUCUAAAAGGACUCGACAUCAGAUUCGUCUUGAUCAGCUAUAACAGAUUGUCUGUUCAGAGCUGGUUUAGUUUACAUAGAGUUCAGAUUCUUUAUAAUAAUUCAGUCCAAGCAACUUUUAAGGCAACUCGAAUCCAUGCUCCAUCAAAGUAUUCCUAUCACUGUCAGCAUGUCAGCAGCCUGCAGAGAUAUGAUGCACUUUUGGUGCCCAGCUCCACAAAUGACAUCUCAAGGCUGUGGGAAGUCACUUUUAUUGAUUUCCAGAUUCAAGGUUUUAAUGUCAAGGAGGGCCAGUUUUCUCAUGCCAGGGACUGUGCCUCGUUCUUCUCCCCAGCCAUUCUGAUGGGCCUGGCUAUGUCCCUGAUCCUGCUGCUGGUGCUGGCUUAUGCCCUGCACAUGCUGAUCCACCUGAAGUCCCUCGACAGGCACUAUGACCGCAAAGCAUCACCCGCCUACUUUGUGCCCAUGAAAGACCUUGAGGUGGCCACGGAAGAGAAGGAGCCACUGAGGAGCCAUGGGCAUGACUGCCAUGAACCGAGGAGCCCGCACAUCUGCAACAUUUAUGUAUAGUAGCUCUUCUCUUCCUCUGGCUCCAACAGCUUGUAGGGUUUUUUCUGCUGCUUUGUGUCAUUUUACUUGCAAAUUAGUUAAAGGUUUUCACAGAAUGACUUGAUUUAAAAGAAAAAGACGAGAAAAGAAAGAAAAGGAGGAGAAGAGAAAGGAAAAGAGAAAAAAGUAAAAGUUUCCCUGGUUGGUCUGCUUAGUCAUCUAUGGUCUCUGGAGAUGUCCUCUGAGCCUUGUAGGAAGCUUCUCCUGGAAAAGAGACUGUGUGGUCCAAAGCUUGCUUCGAAACCAAAGAAAGCAAGCACACCAUUGCCAGUCUAGAGUUAGAAGGAAACUUAGAGUCUAGCCUCUUCAUUUUGCGGAUGAGAAAACUGAGGUGAAGUGAUUUGUUCAAGACUGGAGAGCUAUUAAAAGGCACAGCUGGAAUUUGAACACAGGUUUUCUGCCUUGAAACAUUUCCACUAAAAGUGUUUAAAGAACCCUCAAAGGGAGCAUAUACCAAAAAGGAGGAAGCCAUGUAGAAUGGGGACCAUUUUUGUCUUCUCAAAAUCUAUUUAGAAAAAACUUUGACAUCUCCAUUGACAUACUAAGAGAAGAUAAUUCCAGUAUCCAGCAGAGUGUUUCAUUCUGCUGGGGCCUUUCUUGUUCUCUUUGACAUUGGAUCUGCUAUCUGCUGUAGGGCCAGCCCUAUAGCAAAAUUAUGAAACGGGGACAUUUGUUUGAUACCUCUGUAUCUCUAUGAAGCCUCCUUUCUUUUUUUUUCUCCUCUCCUGCUUCUGCCUGUGUCCUAUAUGCAGAUCUAUUCUGAGUCCCAAUCUCGAUAAUCCUAGCAAUGCUUAAUAAAAGAUUUGCUUGGAGAAGGUCACUUUCUAGGAAUUUUUUACAUCUUAGUAAGAGUCUUAGGAAAUCCCAAAGCCUUCAAAUCUCUAAGACCGUAUGAAUUAAGCUAUGCUGGUGGGAUACAGAUAGUGGGGUUGAUAUUUCUGAAUGGUGGUCAAAGGCAUUCUUUACCUUUUAUCUUCUCAAACAGGUUGCCUGCUAUAAGGUUAGAUCUGCUGCUAUUUAUCUUGGCCAAGACAUGCUGUGUUCUUGCUAUAUCACUCUAUCUUUUCCUUGUCUUUCGCGUCUUUUAGACACUUGCAUUUGGUGAGGGAUGAGGGAAAUUUACUAACCAGUGAUUAUGUAGAAAUUUGGGUUUGAACACCCCCAAAUCUGCCAUGCAGUUAAGCUUUCGCCUUCACUGACUGAGCUGUGGUUUUUAGGAUGCACCAAUAAGCUUGAUUGAGAACCCCCAGGUGUAGGUGAAACUAAACUGAUGUAGGUCUGCUAUAGACUGUUUGGAGUGGGGUAGCAAGAAGCUAUCAUCUCUGUGGUGCCAUGAGGGAGUGAGAUGUUAUGAUGUGUGCUCCUGGACCGGAAAGAAUCAUGAAAACUGAGCUAGGUUUGAAGAGCUUUUAUUAAAGAUUACAUCAGAAAGGUAAAGUAUCACUUCUUCUCUCUGGCUAGUUGUAUUUUUUCUUAAUAUGCAUUUUAAAAUUUUUAAUCAUUCCACAGUUUUUUAAAAUAACAAUUAAAUAUAGUCAAGAUGAACAAAUUUCUGUGUUUUUGAGGUCCACGCAAAUGUGUCUCAUUCUGCAUAUUCAUCACCUCUCUGUCAAGGCUUGGGUAGCAUUCUCUAUCAUCCGUCCUUUGGAAUCAUUUCACUGGCCAGAGUUCCUGAGUCUUUCAAAAUUGUUCAUUUUUACGAUAUUGAUACCAUAGUGUAAAUUGUUCUGAUUUUGCUCACUUUCAUCUGUAUAAGUUCCUACAAGUCUUCCCAGGCUUCUCUGAAAUGGUCCUUUUCAUCAUUUCAAGUAGUACUCCAUUAUAUUCACAAACCAUCGUUUUUUCAGCCAUCCCACAAUUGGUGGGCACCCCCUUAGUCUCCUGUUCUUUGCCAUUACAAAAAGAGCUGCUAUAAGUAUGUUUUGUACACAUAGCACCUUUUCCUCUUUGACCUCCUUGGGGUCAAUAUGCACUUUUAAUCACCUACUUCUUGUAUCUUUUUCCUGGACAUGUAUACUCUUCUCUUGCAAAUAAACCUUUGAAAUG